AUGUCAGACAAAGAGAAUAUAGAUAUUACAAAUCUAAGUGAAGGAAAGAUAGAGAAAUAUAUCUAAUAAUUAGAAAGCUCUAUUCUAUAGAGAACUACUCUAUAUGGUUUUGAUGAUUUAACAGUAAGCGAUUCUAAUUAACGUAAUUUUUAGAUGAUGAAAUACAAUCAAACAUUAUGCAAAUUAUUAAAUCAACAAGGACUUUUAGCUUUAUAAAAAUCAAAUUUUGAAUAAUGCAUUGAAUAUUUAAAAAAAGCAGAAGUUACUACAAUUUAUGUACCAGAAUUAAAGGUUUCAUUUAACGAUAACAUAGGUUCAAACUUUUAAUAAUUUGGCAUGUUAUUAUAGAAAGAUGGGUAAAAGCAGAACAGCUCUUUAAUAUUUACAAUAAGCAUUAUAAAUAGAAUUACAGUAAUGAUUAUAACUUUUAAUUUAGAUAAAAAUAAUCAACUUCACUUCCAGACAUUUACCUUAAUCUAUGUGCAGUUCUUUCUUAAUUAGAAAGACAUGACGAAGCUAUUCAACACAUAUACUUAUCUAUCAUUAUGUUAUAACAUUAAUUACUUGUUUAAUCAUUACAAAAACAAGAAAUAAAAUAAGAUUAAGAACCAAGUAUUUUUUCUAUUUUUAUUUUAGGUUUUCCAUCUAGAUAAUCAAGUGUUUAAUUUGUAAAUUCUGUUAAAUCUAAUUGUAAUGAAAAUAAGAAAAUUUAAGAAAGAAUGUCUAUUUUAGUUGUUGCAUAUCAUAAUUUAGGAGUUGAAAUGGAACAUUUAAAAUUGUAAUUUGAAUCCAAAAAAAUAUUUUAAUCAGCAUUAUAAUUAUCAGAAUAAUGUCUUCCUUAAGAUCAUCAUUUAAGACAUACUUUAGAAGAAAUUAUCAAAAAAUACAAUAAUAUAUUAUAAUAAUAAGAAGGAAAUGAUUAAUUUGCACUCAAACCACUCUUACCUAAAGUUCAUCAUAAAAAUACAGAACUUAAAUAAAUAUAUAAAAGUGUAUCACCAAAAUAAAUAUAAAGAAAGAAUACUUAAUUUUAACAUUAGAAAGUCAAUCCUAAUAAAAAUAUCAACUUUAUGAAAAAGAAUUCACUAAGUGAAACAUAUAGAGUUGAAAGAGAUAGAAUUAUGAGUAUUAAUGCAACCACGGAAGUCAUUAAUAAAAGUUAAGAAAACAAAGACAUUAACAAUCUUCCUUAUUUAAAAACAGUUUUAGAUUCUGUUAAUUAAACAACUAUGUUUUGA